AUGGCACGGAACAACAAUUUUGUGAAUAGUGUCUCUUUCGAUAAUUUAUCUCCUAGUUAUGUCGACGAUCAAGUUACUAUCCUUAAGAAGAAUCAUAUUUUAAAUGAGUAUAACAAUGAAUUUUUAUAUAUUCCUCCACAAUUUAACUUAUUAUAUCAUAACAACAGCAUAACAGCAAAUGAUGGAUCCGAUGAAAGAAAAGAUGUGUUUAAGAGAAGGCCUCUCUUAGAUGAUUUUUCCUCCAGACAAAAUUCCAGUACCGAUCAAAGUUUCCAUCAAAUGUUUACACCUAUAUGCACACGUGCUGGUUCACCAUCAUUCACUUCAGCCACAAGGGGUGUAGAACUGCACAAUAUCGAAAGAACUACAUCACAUUAUUCACUAACUAAUGAAACUAGGCUAUCUCCACGACUCCCACCUCCUCCAAAUAUUUCAUCAAUAAAAUAUAGGCACAGGAAUAUUGAUGAACCAGAAGUACAGACAGAACCGGCUGAUAUAGCUCAUCUAGACACUGAAAUGGAGAACCAUAUGAAAAAACUCACAGUUGAAAAUACUCAAGUCAACUCAGGAUCAAAGGGUUUUACUCAAUCAGCAUUUUCAAAUUUAAAUGAGUUGGAAGAUAGAUUGGAUACUUCUGGUAAAGUUUUAAAACUAUUACCAAACAAGAAUGAUAAGGCAAAAAAAGAAUCAAGCAGAAAAAAAUCUUUUGCAGAUAUGACAGAUGAAGAGAUUGCUGCUUUGGAAACUUCAUAUAGAUCAUUAGCGAGAUCUAACCCUAGGUCCACUAUAGCUGAUUUCGAUUUCAAACAACAGGAUUCACUGUUUAUCGGAGUUCUACCCUCAAAAGGUUCUUCAAACAAUUCUAAAAUAGAUCCAUUAGCAGUCGUAUACCCUUCAAAACCAGUAGUCAGUUACAAAGCUGUAACUAUAUCUAAAAAGAAUAAGCUAUAUGAUGAAUUCAUUUCUAAGUUCAUACACAAAAUAGGUGAGGAAAAGUUUAAAAAUAUACGGAAAAAUAAAACAGCGUUAAGGACUGUGUUGUGCUACAUCUCUGGUAGAAAAUAUACCUGGUCAGCUGUUGACUGGUUUAUUCAAAAUCAAAUUAGAGAGGGUGAUCAUCUUGUGAUUUUAGCAUGCAUUCCGGAAUAUGAAGAAGAAGUAGUACCAUAUCCUAGUAAAAUUAAUGAAACAACACUCGGUACUAAUUUUAGCAACGAAACGACAUCAUUUAAUUCAAAAUCAACGAAACUUAAAAGGUCGGAUUACGUGCAUUGCAGCGCUAGAUUGAAGGCUAUCCAUGACCAAGCUAUUACUAAAGCGGAAGACAUUUGUGAUUACUAUUCAUCUAAAUUAAACAACAAACCAAUUAAAAUAACUGUUGAAAUUGUAAAAGAGAAAUCUAGAAAAGCAGCAAUAACUCAAAGUAUCAAAGUAUAUAAUCCAGAUUGGCAACUUGUAAGUACAGUUUCCAUUAAGUUACAGAUUAAAUUUAGAAAUGGCAAUAUUAAACUACCAUAUUUUAUGAUGAAAGAUCUAUUCACACCCACUUGCAUUGUCCCGUAUGAGUUUAUGGACCCAUCACUCACAAGUAAAAUACACAAAUUUGACGAUGCCACUGAAAGUCCAGAAAAAAAUAUACAAAAGCAAGAAGUGAGUAAACAGCUAGAGUUUAUAGACGAUAUAUUUAUGAACAGUGUUAAAAAUCCGUUUUUACCAAAGAAUACCAGUAACUAUGACCAUGACACAAUUUCUGUUAAUACCAAAUAUCAUGAUGCUUCAAGCACUGAAGACGUAGAUACUAUUAAUGAGUUCCGUCCUAUUGGGCCAGAACAACAGCAGAAGAUAGACCUUUUUGAAAAGAUUGGAUACGUAAGGCCAACACCAACACAUCAAGAACCUACAGACCCAUUUAAUAUAAAAUUGACACCAUCUCGAAGUUCUGGCCGUAGCUCGAGGAUUCAAUUUACGGAUGAAGUCUAUAAAAUUAGAUCGAUGGUGGAUGAUGUUUCUGAUAUCAGCGAGUCGACGAGGAAUGCUGGUUUAUCUAUCAGGAAAACCAAAUCUGAGAAAACAUCUACAAAUUAUUCAAAGCAUGACCAAAAGUCAACACAUUCACAAUCUUCAAAGAAACUUACGCCCAUUUCUAGCUCAUCUCCACCACUUUCAAAUAAAUCCAAGAAGUUAAAGAAGAAGAAAAGUGUCUCUUCUAAAAAAGGUCUAAAAUCAUUAUUCAAAAAGUUAUUCUAA